AUGAACAAAGAAUGCUCCAACUGUAUCAGCAGCGACAAACGGUACGUACGUCAAAGAGCUCAAAGUUCUUCUGGUAAAAUACAGAGGAGAAGGUAUUUGAAUGGAGAUCGUGAAGUUGGGCAUGCUCGUCUUUUCAAUGAUUACUUUUCUGAUGAUCCGAUAUAUCCUAAUGACAUAUUUCGACGUCGAUUUCGAAUGCAAAAAGAGUUAUUCCUUCGUAUAGUUGAUGCCGUGAAAAAUCAUUCCGAAUAUUUUCAAUGGAAGGUCGAUGCAGCAGGGAAAAAAGGUUUGUCACCACUUCAGAAAUGCACAGCGACUAUUCGUCAAUUAGCGUAUGGAGUCUCUGCUGAUCAUUAUGAUGAGUAUCUACGGAUUACUGAAACAACUGUCAUCCAAUGUUUAUUCAACUUUUGUCGAUGUAUAAUUGAAGUGUUCGGGGCCUAA